AUGGCAAAAGUUGUUAAGCCACAUGAACCUAAGACACAGUCAUUUACCCUUUUGAGUGGUCAUACCAUACCAGCUGUUGGAUUGGGGACAUGGAAGUCUGGUUCAGAGGCCGUCAAUUCUGUGUUCACUGCCAUUGUUGAGGCUGGUUACAGACACAUAGACACUGCUGCACAGUAUGGAGUUGAAGAAGGAGUUGGACAAGCACUCCAAGCAGCCAUGAAAGCAGGAGUGGAAAGGAAGGAUCUAUUUGUCACCUCAAAACUAUGGUGCACUGACUUGACCCCUGAAAGGGUUAGACCUGCUCUCAACAAUACCCUUCAAGAGCUCCAACUUGACUACCUUGAUCUUUACUUGAUUCAUUGGCCAUUUCGAUUGAAAGAUGGGGCCAGUAGACCCCCGAAAGCAGGAGAAGUUUUAGAGUUUGACAUGGAAGGGGUGUGGAGAGAAAUGGAGAAGCUUGUGGAGGAAAAGCUUGUGAGAGACAUUGGAAUCUGCAAUUUCACUCUAGCAAAGCUUGAAAAGCUGCUGAGCAUUGCUCGGAUAGUGCCUUCUGUCUGCCAGAUGGAAAUGCAUCCUGGAUGGAGAAAUGAUAAGAUGCUUGCGGCUUGCAAGAAGAACUCCAUCCAUGUUACUGCAUACUCUCCACUGGGCUCAUCACAGGGUGGGAGGGAUCUGAUCAGUAAUCCAACGGUUGAGAGGAUAGCCAAUAAGAUGAACAAGAACCCAGGGACGGUGUUGGUGAAAUGGGCCAUCAUGAGAGGGACAAGUGUCAUCCCUAAAUCAGUCAAGCCAGAUAGGAUCACGGAGAAUGUCAGUGUCUUCAAUUGGGAACUUCCAGAAAAAGACUUUAAGACCCUUAGCAGAUUUCAGGAUCAGGGGAGAGUUCUGGACGGUGAAGAACUCUUUGUGAACAAGAGCGAUGGUCCAUUCAGGAGUGCGGCUGAUAUUUGGGACCAUGAAGAUUAG